UCUCUCUCUCUCUCUCUCUCUCUCUCUCUCCCCCAAUCUCUACCAACCGCGAACGAAGGAGGAGGCGAUUUCUAGAGAGAGAAAGAGAUGGCGGAGGAGAAGGAGUCGGCGUCGACCCCCCUGAGCGAUGCGGGCGAUCCCGAAGACCCCGUCAAAUCGGCGCCGAGUUCUUCGAAUUCCUCCCCCUCGAAGGCAUGUUGUGCUGUUCUUCAAAGUUGGAUCUCAAGAAAAUUCAUGACAGGAUGUGUAGUUCUUUUUCCUGUCGCUGUCACAUUUUUCAUCACAUGGUGGCUUAUUCAGUUUGUUGAUGGAUUCUUCAGCCCGCUGUAUGCAAAGCUUGGGUUCGACAUAUUUGGCCUUGGAUUUUUGACGUCUCUGAUUCUUAUAUUCCUUGUCGGUGUAUUUGCUUCUUCAUGGCUGGGUGCGACAAUCGUCUGGCUUGGAGAAUGGUUUAUAAAUAAAAUGCCGUUUAUGAGGCUCAUUUAUUCAGCGUCAAAGCAAAUCAGCACUGCCAUUUCACCAGACCAAAACACUACAGCUUUUAAAGAGGUUGCUAUCAUUCGCCAUCCACGUGUUGGCGAAUAUGCAUUCGGUUUUAUCACAUCGUCCGUAGUGCUUCAGACCGAUAAUGGUGAUGAAGAGCUAUGCAGUGUGUAUGUCCCGACAAACCAUCUUUAUAUUGGAGAUAUUCUUUUGGUCAACUCCGAAGAGAUUAUUAGACCUAAUCUAUCCAUUCGGGAAGGCAUAGAGAUCAUUGUUUCCGGUGGAAUGACGAUGCCGCAAGUGAUCGCCCCUCAAGAACGGACGCCACGUAAGAACCAAAGUAUCCGCUUGAACAGAAUGACCUGAAGCAGGACAAUCCAUCAAUUCCCAUGCUUAGGGUAACCGAAGUUGGCCUGCGACUACACAAAUGGAAUUUAGAGCACAACUGCUUUUCGUUGGUGGAUGGUUGAAAAUGUGGAACACGAUAAUUAUAUGCCAUAUGGAGUUUGGGAUGAUGAAGCAUUAGGAGGGGGUUGGCGAACAGAAAAAUAUUCUCAUUAAUACAUCAAGUUAAGCGGGAGCGAUUACAUUCUAUUGGUUGUUGUAGACAUUGUAACGUUUCUUAAUAUAGCUCGAAGGUAGUUCUUUGUAUGGUGAUGUAUCAAUUACUAAAUCAUCUUGUAUUUACGAUGAACUCAAGAGUAGUAGAGUGUAUUUUAUUUUAUUUUUAGUUGGGUGUAUAGUGAUACCAAAUGCUUGUGAGACAUUUUCCUUUUUCCUUU